UUCACAACGAAAAUGACUUUGGAAGGUUCGAAUUUAGAAAAAAUGAUGCAACUCUUCCUCGAGUUGGACACCAAUCGGGACGACUGUGUGGACCGACAAGAAUUGCUCAAUGCAUGCGAGCAACAUAAACUACCCCAGGAAGAUGUUCAGAAAUGGAUGGAAAUGUUUGAUGCUGACGAGAACGGCAAAAUUUCACUGGAGGAAUUCUGUCGUGGACUUAACGUGAAAACCGCAGAAAUGCGGGUUGAGAAAGUUGAGCGACAGGAAGCCAAAGCCGGACGUGGUCGUGCGAUGCCCAGUGAUGUGGAAGUAAUUGCCUCAACUAUGUCCCAGGAGAAGCGAGUAGAAAUUGCGGAGAAAUUCAAAGAAUUCCUCGGUCACACAGGUGCCAAACCGGAAGAGAUGAAUGCGGUAGUGAAACAGUUGAAGGACUAUCUGGAUGAGAGACAUGGUCGGGUUUGGCAAACAAUUGUGCUCACCGGUUCAUACUGGAUGAAGUUCUCACACGAGCCGUUCCUGUCUCUACAAUUUAAAGUGGGACCACACAUCGUUCUGGUGUGGCGUACGCCUAGCAACUAG